AACAAGGCGCCUCUUUUGGUCGUGAGAAUGAGUUGUCAAAUAUCCAACCCAAACAAGCAGAGAGAAUGAAUUAAAAUACAGAGAAUAAAUAUCAAUCAAUCCAGACAGUUAUAACUGAGACCGAGACAGAGAAAAAAAAAAGAAGAAGAAGAAAUUGAAAAUGGAAGCAGCGAUGGGUUUGAUGCGAAGAAUGCCUCCCAAGCACAUCGACACCGCUCUCUCCGCGCUCCUCUCUCUUCUUCCCCAGCACUCCUCUGAUCUUCUCUCUCAAGUCGAUCAGCCACUCCAGGUUUUGUGCGAUGCCGAGUACGGCAAGGAGUUCAUUUUGUGCGAAUACAAUAGAGAUGCAGACUCCUACAGAUCACCUUGGUCAAAUGUAUAUCAUCCACCGUUGGAAGAUGGCAGCCUCCCAUCUGCGGAGUUGAGGCAACUUGAAAUUGAAGCAAACGACAUCUUUGCCGUUUAUCGUGACCAGUAUUAUGAGGGUGGCAUUUCGUCAGUUUAUAUGUGGGAGGAUGAUAAUGAAGGCUUCGUAGGCUGCUUUUUAAUAAAGAAAGAUGGCUCCAAGACUGGGCAAGGUCGGAGAGGUUAUCUGCAGGAGGGGGCAUGGGAUGCUAUACAUGUUAUUGAGGUGGGUCCAGAGGAGGAAGGAACAACCAAUUACCGUUUAACCAGCACUGUAAUGCUAUCUUUGACUACCGAUAAUGAGUCAUCUGGCACAUUCAGUUUGUCUGGAUCAAUUAGAAGACAGAUGAACAUGCGGCUCUCAGUUCAAGAAGGCCAUCUGUGUAAUAUGGGAAAAAUGAUAGAAGAAAUGGAGAGUAAGCUGCGAAACUCACUGGAUCAGGUUUACUUUGGGAAGACGAAAGAAAUGGUUUGCACUCUAAGACCACCAGCUGAAGUUGUGAUGAGACUGCCUGACAGCUGAGGUGGCAUUCUAUGGCCUAUCGCAAUAGAGAGACCACCAUAUGCUUCUUCUCAUAUUUGCUUGACAGUGUGAUUAGCAAUAUUUUUGUUUGUGUGUACUUGGUAUGUUAUACUUUCUGAAAUGUUCUUCCCUUUGUAUUUGGUAUCUUAGAGUCACUCUGCUACUUCACAGUUGAGAUGUCUGGUUUGUCAAUUGAAAGCACCUCAUGGAUUUUUCAUUCUUCA